AUGAGCUACUAUGGCAGCUACUACGGAGGCCUCGGCUACGGCUGGGGUGGCCUUGGCUAUGGCUAUGGCUCCGGCUAUGGUUGGGGAGGCCGUGGUUAUGGCUAUGGCUCUGGCUGGGGCUGGGGUGGCCUUGGUGGCCUGGGCUAUGGCUCCGGCUGGGGGGGAUACGGAUACUCUGGUUUCUACUAA